CUGCUGCUGCUGCCCAGCUCCCGCGAAGCCAGCCCCGCGAUCGCUCUCCCUCCGCCUCCAACAGGCGUCGCGGCGUGCCUCGCCGCCCCGGUAGGUCGCCUCACUCACCUGUGUGCGCUGGCCGGUGACGGCACCGUGCUGCUCUUGUCUUCCCCCGCUCAACCGUCGCCGCGCGGCCCGCUCGCUCCACCGGUGGUCGUGCAACGGAUUUCCUUCCCAUCGCAAGCGGCUCCACGCACGGUGGCGUGCUCCCGUGAUGGAACGUUACUCGUAGCAGCGGGUGGCAGCUCCAUCUCUCUCUUUGUCGUCUGUCUCGAGGCAACGCCUCCGAUGCCUCUCUCCCUGCACAACGCUGCCGCCGCCGCCGCCGCCGCGGCGGGCCAGUUCCCACAUGCCUCUCUUCGCUGGCGUUCGCCGCUCCGCUUCAAUGCCCAGGCCAUUGCAGUCACUCCGUCUGCGGGCUCCGGCGUCACGGCGCAAGGCCUCGUCGCCGUCGCCGGCAGCAUGGGUGUGCUGCUCGUGCAGAGCGGCGGCAGUGUGGGCAGAGGAGACUCGCCCUCCACCACAGCAGCGGCGGAUCCGGCGGGGCCCGCCCCUGAGGCGGCAGCGGAGCCUGCAGAGGCGAUGGCAGCGGCGGCACACGCGGGGAAGGAGACCAGCAGAGGAGCCUCUGCGGAAGCCACCGCACACGGCGGCCGACUGCUGCUCACGGGCCGCGCUGUCGGUGCCGUGGCGUUUGAUGCCUCUGGCUGCCGCCUUGCAGCGGCGACGAUGGACGGCGCGGUGUACUGCUUCGAGAUGACGUCGACAGCCGCGCCGGCGCGAGCCCGCCCCGCCGCGUCGGUUUGCGCGCGCGCGUGCUGGUGCGCGCGGCUGCCGCCGCAGCUGGAGCGGCCGUGCUGCGUCGCCUUCUCGCCUCCCCCGCCACAGGCGGGGCGGGGGAGCGGCUGCGGAGAGCGGCUAGCGCUGGUUGGGUGGAGCGGGCACGAGCUGCUUGUGGCGGAAGAGCUGCUUGGUGGCGGCGCGGUGUCGGGCAGGCGGGUAGAAGUGCCCCGGGUCGAGGUGCGGGGCCUCUGCAUCGGACUCGUUCCGGACGGGCCGCGCCGGCGCGGGGAGCUGGGCGCGGCAGCGGAGGCAGCCGCCGCAGCGCAGGCGAGCCCACCGCCGACGGAGCACGAGGGGUCGGCCAACGAGGGGGAGACACCCCUCCUCGAGGUCGUGUGCUGGCUCUGCGCCGACGGAGCCCUCCACUGCCACCCGCUCUGGCCUUUUCGCCCGCUCGCCCCACCCGCUGCGUCGCGCGGGGCGGCGGGGCGGGGGGCGGGCGGGCCUUUGGGGCUCUGGCCUUCGGGGGGCAGCGUGGCUCGGCUGCUGCCGUGCGCCUUCUCUCCUCGUGAGCUGCUCGACGCCGCCGUCCUCUCCGUCCGCCAGAGAGGAGGCGAGGCCGGAGGAGGAGGCGAGGCCGGGGGAGGAGGAGGAGAGCGAGAGCAGGGCCUCGCUUGCGCGCUCCGCGUCGACCACGCGGAGGCGGAGCUGCCCGAGGCGAGCUCGGAAGCGCUUCUCGAGUGGAUGCUCGGCGAGGAGCACCGCCGGAGAGGGCGGUGCAGCCGGGCAUGCGAGCCGCUCGCCGCCCGGGCGGCGGAGGGGGGCGAGCCGGAGGGGGGAGGCGCGGCCCCGCUCGUCGUGCUGGGCGCGUCGCACCUCGCCCUCCUCUCGGACGGACUCGUGCAGCACCGGGAGCGGAGGCGAGCGUCGGCCUGGGCCUCGCGGUUGGUCGCACACCGCGCAGACGCGGCCGCAGUCGUGGGGGACUGGCUGCUCCUGCUCGACGUCCCCACCGGCGCGCUCUGCUCGUGCCCGCUGGCGGCCGGCGCGGAGCAGGAGCAGGUCUGCGCACCGCUGCCAUCUUUGGGGGCCGACAUGCGCGCCAUCGGCGGGGCAGCCGCCCGCUGCCCCCGGAUGAGCGCCGUGCUGCCGGACGCGUCCCACGGACGGCGCUUCACGGUGCUCCGCGCCGUGCUUCUCUCGUCGCCAGGCGGCGGCGGCGGCACGCGCGCUCGCUACUGUCUCUCUCGCGGAGAGCUGGACGAGCGCGGCAAGGUCGUUUGGAUCCCCACAGAGGGUCGCUCCGGCGACCGCCCCGCACUCCCCGACAGUACGAUCUUGCGUGCGCCGUGGACGUGGGAGAGCGCCCCGUGGCCGGUGGGUGCGUGCGACGGGACGCUUCUCUUCGAGCACUCUUCUCCGGACGAGGUGGAGGUGGAGUGGACGUGCUGCGACGCCGAGACACAAGCGUUUGCUGUGCUCGCAGGCAGCAUGCUGCCCAGUGGGCUCUGCGGCGCCGAGGCGGUGCGCGAGGCGACGUCGCUGACUGCUCAUAUCACGAGCCGACGCGGCCAGGGCAAGGUUGCAAGUAGUAGCGCGACCUGAGCGGAGAUGUGGAGCUCGUACUGUUGUAACUCGUCGGUAGAAAAGCCGUAGUAACAUUGAGACGUUAGUGCUUAGUCGGCAAAGUGGUAAGUGCAUGAUGUUGAUGAGGACUUCU